CGGCGCACAAUCAAAUUUAUUAAUCGAUUGUCAUUUACUUUAAUAUAUGAUAUCAGGAUAGGUACAUAAUUACAGUGAUUUCAUUACUGAUUCGAUUAUUAUUAAUAUUAGAUAAGUUACUUUCGGCGAGCUUUAGCUACGGCCACAAACAGUGGUAUCAAAGAUGUUGUGGACUUCGGUGAUCCUACUCGCCCUGGCUGUAGGCCAGGUCCCAGCCAGAUCAAAUCCCAUCAUUAAAGCAGACUUUAUAGAGAAUGUUUCGAAGGGAGGCUGGGACGCUAAGCCUGGUCAACAUCCUCACCACGUCAACCUGCGCAUGUUGAACGCGGCCGGACAGCUCGCCUCCUGCGGCGGCUCCAUCAUACAUGAGAACUGGGUCCUCACCGCCGCACACUGCACAGCGCUUCGGAUAUCCGUGGUGGUUCGCGCCGGCAUGGUGUUCAUCAACGACGCACGUUACAUCCACGAGACCACCGAGUGGUUCAACUACCCGACGUACAUAGACGCCAUGGUCCUCAUCGCGCAACCAAAUGACAUCUCCGUCAUCAAGUUACAUCAACCGAUUGUCUUCAACCAGUAUAUGAAGCCCAUCCGCUUGCAAUCACGUGCGGACGCGUACCGGAAUUACCAAUCUGUGUUGCUCUACGCCAGCGGACACGGACGUACGUGGACAGGAGGUGCUACUACGGAUGUACUGCAGUGGGUCUACUUGCGCGGCUUGUCUAAUCUGGAUUGCCAACGAGUAUUCGGCUCCAUCAUCACUGAGAACAGUGGUGACAGCGGAGGUCCAUUAGUGUUCGAAGAGAACGGUGUCCCUACACUCAUAGGAGUGACAUCUUUCGUCGCAGGUGAACAGAGUGGCGGCUGUCAUUCUGGCUUCCCUGCUGGUUUCAUCCGUCCUGGCCCUUUCCAUUCCUGGUUCACAUUGGUCACUGGAAUUGAUUUUGAGAAUUUGGAUGAGGAGGUAACUACGUUGCCUUCAACUUACCCCACGACCGAAUCAAUAUUUACCGAAACUACACAAUUUCCGGAUAUUACGGAAACUACACAAUUUCCGGAUACUACGGAAACUGUUACGAUCCCUACGAUACCAACAGAAGUUACUACCACAGAGUCGCCAAUUACGGAUGCUACUGAAAGUGGUACGACCACACCGCUACAAACUACCACAUGGAUACCUACUGAAACGACGCCAACCGAACCUCCAGAAGAAUCAGAAGAAAAUAACUCUGGAGAGGAGGAAUCUGAUGAUUCGAAAGAAGAAUCUGAAGAGGAAGACUCCGAUGAGGAUUCCGAUGAAGAUUGUGAUCCCAAGGUUUCAGAAUUGCUCAAAAAAUUAGAAGUCGAAGUGAAAGUGAAAGUUAAGUUGAAUAAGAAACACAAGAUUCAUCACAAGAAGACCAUAACACAUCAACGAAAACACAAACAUUAACGAAUUUUAAAUAUUAAUGCUUAUUUAGUCAUCAUAAAGGAUAAUACUAAAAAAAAAACAACUGUCAAGUUUGAACCCGCAAUCUUUCAACAACUAAAUUUCUAAAGAUUUAUAUAUUUCUCUUGUAGUUAGCGC